AUGCCUGACGUUGCGCCAGCUCAGCGAUCAGGGGACUACGCUCUGCGGGCCCUGCGGCGCGCGGCGCAGCUGCACAGCGCCAGGCGCGCAGGGCUGCCUGCCCCAGACGCGGCUCUUCCGGGCGCGGCCCCCGCCGGCUGCAGCAGGAGCGGCGCCGCGGCAGCCGCGGGCGCCUCGCAGCGGCAGUGCCCGCAGCCCGACGCUGCGUCGACGCAGGGCUCCCAGGUGCCGCCGGAUUCCACGGUGCCUGGCCUGAGCGCGUCGCUUCUGCAGCAGCACGGCGUGUUCAAAGUCGGCGGUGACUUCCCGCCCACUCUCUCCACGCAGGCGGGGGAGGGCUACAAGCAAGGGGGCGGCCUCGAGCCGCCCACUCUCGACGGACCCGAGGAGCACUGGCAGGAGCGGUCCUUUGUGAUGAGAGACUUCCUCGGAGGGCAGACGCAGGUGACCCAGCGCCUGCUGGGGGCGACUGGGGGUCUCGGGAGCGAGCCCGACACCUCGGCAGAGCGCAUCCUGAAUUCGUCCGAUGACGAGGGCACCGCGGCAAGCCAUGAGAUGUUCCUCAGACUGGUCAUGACAAUGAAGGGCGUCGCUCAGAUGAUCGCGCGAGGUGCGAGCCAGGCGGCGGUUUGGGUCCAGAGUAUCAUGGCGAGAAUCUUGGAGGUCAAGCAGUUCCCACAUGCCCGAGCGGAGUUCGAGGAGGCUCGCGCGGAGUGGGGGCGCGACAUCACGUGGUGCGAGAUGGCAGCAGGCGAAGAUUUUAACGUGGGCGUGGUGUGGAUCAUCUAUCUCUACAAAGCGCCUUAG